CUUCCAUAAAUCAAACUCUUUUUUUGUUAUAAAUAAACAGUGCCCUUAAACACACUCAUUCGUUCGUUCAUUCAUCUUAAUCUCUGGUCUUCGAAAUUCUCUCUCAAGAACAAGAACACAAGAACAAGACGAAGGAUAAGAAAUACCCCCAAAGCCAAACAUUCUUAAAAAGGCAAUGGAUAUCGCACCAUUGAAUUACUGGAAUCCAAUUGAGAAGCAGGUUUUGCCUAUUUCAAUUGAGGAGCAGGUCAUGGCUCUUCCUACGUUCCAUGAAUUUGAUAUCUUGAAAACACAGAGUAGUGCAAAGAAAACGUUCCAUGAAUUUGAUAUCUUGAAAACACAGGGUAGUGCAAAGAAAACUCAGAGUAGUGCAAAGAAAAGAAAGACCCGUGAUACUGUUUUGGAUUUCAUGGAAGGAUUUAGGCAGAGGAAUAAAAACAAUGUUGCAAGAGAACCCUCUCAAGAAAGAAACGUUUCUGAAGUUGAAAAAUCUAACAGUGAGGAACUCCUGGAUUGCAAUGUUGCAUAUGCUAAUGUUGAUAUUGCAGAAGAACUCUGUCGAAUAAGGAAAGCUUCAGAAGACAAAGUUGCAUAUGCCAAUGUUGAUAUUGCAGAAGAACUCUGUCGAAUAAGGAAAGCUUCAGAAGUUAAAGAAGUUUAUGCUGAUAAUCGCAGUGAAAGAAGGUUCCAAGUAUACCACUGCCUCACUGGUUUUCCUAAGAAGAAAAGGUCAGUGCCUGCUGAUGAUACUGCUAGUAGUACUGGGCAUCAACAUAAAGUAGACCAGAAUAAACUCGAAAUCAAUGUUGCAAAAUCGGUGCCUGCUGAUGAUACUACAAGUAGUACUGGGCAUCAACAUAGAGUAGACCUGAAUAAACUUGAAAUCAAUGUUGCAGAAUUGAUGUCUUACAAAGAAGAUGAAAAACAAGUUCACCAGAAACAGCAAAAACAAAAGAGGAAGUAUCAGAAGAAGGAAAUAAGUAAGGUUAAGAAGAUAGGGGAGAAAGGAGAGAAGAAGAAAUCAUUUCCACCAGCAGCACCACCACAGGAAGUGCCUCAAAUUAUUAGUAAUUCAAUUUCAGCAUUAGGCGGCACAACCCCUGUGUGGUUAAAUGAAAAGCUGGUAAGUAAAAGCGAUAUACUGCGACAACAAGCAAGGUUCUUUUUACCAUCAUCUACAGCCUUGCUAGAGUUUUUGACACCUGCAGAGAGGCAGAAAUGUUUGGUUUUGAAGGGCAGCAGUAAUGAAAACAAUCAGAGGAAGAAAAACGAACUCAUUGUUACAGUUGUUGAUCCAGAAGGUGAGACAUCCGAAAUGAAGUUCAAGAACUGGGGAAGUCUCAACAAAUAUGUGUUAAGCGGCGCUAACUGGAAUAACUUAGUUGCAAAAUUCAACAUGGUGGCCCGGAAAACUAAGUUACAUCUUUGGUGCUUCAGAAAAACAGAUUCCAACAAGCUUUGCUUUGCCAUUGACAUGAUAACUGAAGACUGAGGAUAAAAAAGAAGACGUAAACCAUAUCAGUUCUUCUUACUUGAUUCAGCAUUACUAUGAAUUUCUGACUUCUUAAAAUUUUAUCAGUUCUUCU